GUCUGCGGCGAGUGUUGAAAGCGUUCGGACGUAGCAGCCGGAAAAAAAGCAAAGUGAAGGUGAAUGCCAAGCGGCCAACGCCAAGAAGUGUGGCAAAGUAGAAAAUCUGUUAAUAAAGCCGCGUGUGAAAAGUGUGAAAAUCAGCAAACUGACUGAAAAUAAGCAAAACGGCAGCUGUAAAAAGUGAAAAUUAUCUGUUUAAAGUGGAGUGGAAUGGAAACUCGGUUCUUGCGCGGCAACAGGAAAUAAUCAGUGACCAAAAGCUAAGAGCUCCAGCCCAGCUGAACAGAAGACUGGAGAAGGGAGUGGCGUGGAGAAGAACAGUGGACUGAAGACGAGCUGAUCCGAGACGACCGGGCCUGAAUUAAAAACAAAGCCAAGAAAAUAAAGCCGAGCGAAAAUGAAAGCGGGCCGCGCCUUCAGCUGCCUUUUCUGGGCGCUUCUCUAUUGUGUGCUCUAUCUGGAUCUGGUCAGCGGCAACUCCGCCGACGAUGAGCUGAUGGACUUUGACUUCACGGACUCCAAGGAUGCUGUCCAGGAGGACUGGCAGUUGGACGACAUCGAGGAGGCUCAGCAGGCGGAGCAGGCUGACAAGAAACUGGAAUCGAAUAUGCUUGACUUUAGCGUGGAUCUGGAUGAACCCGAACCCGAGAAGCAAUUACCGCCCUUCGACUGGCGGGAACGGGUUCUGAGAAAUGCAUUAGCUAAAGCCUUGGCCGAUGAAGGAUUGCGCCAGAAGUUCGUCGAGGUCAUGCCCAUUUUGAGGGUUCUUUCUUCCCAACAGCGACUGGCUCUUUCUGCUUUAAUCUCGGCUCAGAUGAACGCCAAAAAGGGUCACGAACUGAAGUUUGAACAGGUUCGCAUGAUGUUUGGCAAUGACAAGAAGCUGCUACUGCCCAUAGUUUUUGAUAUUGCUAAUCUCAUAAAGAGUUCCACUCGCAAGUACAUUAAUCUCGGCUCCGAUUUGGACUCGGCUGCCCUUUUGCACACGCCCAUAAAUCGUCGAGAGGAUGAUUUGACUGCCGAGGAGUCCCAGCGAGAUGAUCAAGUGGGUACAAUAGCUGUUGAUGUAGAACCAAAAGAGGUUUCGGCUCAAGAUGACCCGGAGCCUCUGGAGGACUUCUUCGAUGAGAUGGGAGAAGAGGUGCUGGAUCCGCAGAUGAUCAAUGAGGCUCUAACGGGCGAUCUCCACGAAAAUAAAACAAAGUCUGCGAAACCGGAAAGUCAUGGCCAAAGAGUUCGCCGAUCGGCUAAUGAGUUUGUCCACAAGCUGACUCGAUCUGUGCCUGCUUCUGUGAACGAGCAGCAGCUUUUGGGUGGCAUGGCUGGACGCACCAUCAAAUUAAAUACCACCGCCUUUCAACAGCCAAGUAGCCAAGAGGAGGAGCAGGUGGCUUCCGCUAAUGAUGGACAGUCAUACUUGGAGGUUGAAGAUCUCGCUUUCGCCGGUCUUAAUGGCACCGAAAUUCCCCUGAGUGCCGAUGAGCGGUUGGACCUGCAAAGAAACAGCGCCGAGGAAUCGGAGGAACCUCUGCCCAAUCCCGAGGAGCUCAUCGCUGGACCUCGUUACCGCCUGGGAAAGAGACCACUGCCUGGCCAGAAAUCAGGACCUUCCAUCAAGAGAAAGAGGGUUCAGUCCUCUGUGAGGGGAAGACCCAAGACCGCUGCCAGUUCCCACAAGCCCGUGGUGACUCCUCCCCACAAGAAGUGCGAACGAUUCACCAGCAACAUGUGCAUCCGCACCGACGACUAUCCGCUCGAACAGAUCAUGGGCAGCAUUCGCAGGCACAAGAACGCCAUGUCCGCUCUCUUGGCCGAGUUCUACGAUAAGCCCAACAACAACCUCGAGUUUGGCGACGAGUUCGAUGACUUCAGCUUGAGCAAAAAGCGGCGCGAAGACGAAGGCAGCGCCGGCGGAAUGUGCCAGAGCGUGGUGCGUUAUGCCCGACCCCAGAAGGCGAAGUCCGCCUCGGGAGAGUGGAAAUACAUUGUGAACACCGGCCAGCACACGCAAACCCUGCGAUUGGAGAAGUGCAGCAAUCCCGGCGAGAGCUGUUCGUAUCUGGCACAGACUUAUCGCUCGCACUGCUCGCAGGUGUACAACUACCACCGACUGCUCAGUUGGGACAAGGUGCGCGGUCUCCAUGUGGACAUCUUCAAGGUGCCCACCUGCUGCUCCUGCCAGGUGGACGGCUAUCGCCAGCAGUUCCCGCCGCUCUCCUCCAUCCAGGCCAAGGACUACUCGCCCUUGGGCAACACCAAUCUGAACAAUAAUGGCUAUAGCACCAUCAACGAGGAGGAUCUGGACUACGCGGACGAGAGCGAGGAGGAUGAGCUGGGUCUGCGGUAUCCCUCGUUCAGCCAUCGCGAGACCAACGAGCUCUACUCGAGCAGCAACAAGGUGCGGGUGAAGCUGCCUGGUAUUAGCACCAGUGUGGGUCCCUACCUCAGUCCCCCGGAUGACGACGAGGAUCGCUACGGCGGAUACCAAGGCCCCAGCUCCAGUUCCAGCUCCAGCUCGAAGAAGUAUUACAGCCAGGUGAGCAGCCGUCGGCGGCCGCAGCAAUCGGAGGCGCGUCUGGACUUGGAUUUGGCGCCAAGCGAGACGCACUCGGACCAAGAGGUAAACCUAUUCGCUGGCCCUCCAAUCGGCGGUGCAGAGAAGCCGCGUCUCCCGCUCAAUCGCAAGCGUAUUUAUGCCUCCACCCACACAGCCCCUGCCACCGCAACAUCAUCAUCAUCAUCAUCAUCAGCAGCAGCCGGAGCAGCAGUAUCGUCCGCAGGAGCAGCUGCCAACCGCCUACGAUUUCCACAGACCACAAGUUUACCAGCCCGAACGGGAACCGCUGCCCUUGGGCCGGGAUUCGCUGGCAGCGCCGGCGGUCCAAGUUCCGGCCUCAGUGGUGCCCAUGCCGCCCAUGCCCAUCAAGCAGGUGCCCUCGCACCACCCGGCGGCAGCUCUGCUGCAUCCCCAACAGCUGCACCACCCGGCGGCAGGCAGCAAGGCGGCAAGUCGCGACCCCGCUUCUAUGCACCACCACCAGCAGCCGCGACGACCGCAGUGGUUGCCCACGGCACAGCGGCGGCUCUUCCGACCGAGCGCACCACUCAGUGGGAGCGGGAGCGGGAAAGGGAUCAAUCGACGGCACUACCACCACAGCCGCCGGCCGUCUAUCCAGUGAGCCCGAUCUUCCCGAGCGGCGGAGCCAACAACAACGAGCUGGCGGGCAAGCGGAUCAAUUACAACUACCAUCCCAUCAUCGAUUUCUUCGAGAAGAAUCGCCGGGCGGAGGCGGCGGCCACAGUGAAUCCCGCGGAGGAGGAAUCGCGCCGGGUGGAGCAGCGCACCUAUCCGCAGAAGAACAACCUUAAGGGCAUGGGCUCGGGCAUGGAGAGCAUCGCUGGUGUCUACCAACAUCCCAUUCCCGUGGCCAAGACGCACGAACGGCGCAUGGGUUACGUGGUGAACGGCGGUGGUGCAGGUGGUUUGGCUGGUGCUGUGGGUGGUGGUGGUGGUGCUGGCUUCGCCAGCGAUAACGCCUGGCUGCCCAUGGUUGUGGAGUAGCUUCCUAUAAAUAAGUUGCAUGGUUUCGCAAGCCUCAAGUCCCCGAAAUCUAACGUAUUAAUCCAACGAUGCCCUAGUUCGUAGUCUCUGCCGUUCUCGCCAGGAGCUCCAUCCUGUAGCUUGUCUUGUUGGCUCCUAAUCUCAAUUCCCCAUUCACCCAGCCCCAAUCUAAUGUUUAACCAGCUAUGAUUAUUUAUUUAUUUAUUUUGUAGUGUGUAGCAAAAAAUAAGAGAUGACCUCGUUGUUGGGGAGAUUCUAUUGGUCAAAAGCUUGGUCGACUUGUCGCAAGAGUUUUAGCAAUAAAUAUAAUUUAUUGAAA